AUGGGCAAAGAUAUCAUCAGUCCUGACCUGGAGAGAAAUGAUAGAGACCAGUUUCUGGUCAAUCAUACAGUCCACAACUUCGCCUGGAAUGACUUGACCGUCACCGUCAAGGACCGCCGGACGAAGAAGCCGCUGAAUCUGAUUGAGGGUAUCAGUGGGAGUAUUCAACAGGGCGAACUGGUUGCUUUGAUGGGCCCGUCGGGAUGUGGCAAGACGACUUUGCUCAAUGUGCUCGCGCGCCGGGCAGCUACAUCGGGCGCGAAGACCACGGGGGAAUGCUACGUCAAUGGAGGGCCGCUCGACAAUGCUACCUUUGGCCGGAUCACUUCCUACGUGGAGCAGGAGGACGCUCUGAUCGGCUCGUUGACGGUGCAGGAGACGUUGAAGUUUGCUGCGGAUCUUUCGCUGCCAAGCUCUGUUUCAAAAGCGCAGCGGCGUGACCGUAUCCAGACUCUAUUGGAGUCCUUUGGCAUUCUAAAUCAGGCUGCGACGCUGGUUGGAACUCCAAUCCGAAAGGGUAUCAGCGGAGGUCAGAAACGGCGAGUAAGCGUCGCAAGCCAACUGAUCACCUGUCCGAAGAUUUGUUUUUUGGAUGAGCCGACUAGCGGUCUGGACUCGACGGCGAGUUAUGAGGUGAUUUCAUAUGUCAAGGAAUUGGCGGUAGCCAACAAUCUCAUCGUCAUCGCAAGUAUCCAUCAGCCGUCGACGACCACAUUCCAGCUCUUCGACAAGUUGCUUCUUCUGUCCAAAGGCAAGACCUGCUACUUUGGCCCCGUUCCUCACAUGUCGACCUACUUCAGCAGCAUCGGGCACCCCAUCCCGUUGAACACGAAUCCCGCAGAGUUCAUUCUCGAUAUCGUCAGCUCCGACUUCUCCGAUGCCAAAGAAGGUAAUGCCGUGGAGAGAGUGCAGCACAUGCAGGAUUCCUGGCUGCAGUCCGCCGAGCGGAGGGCCGUGGACAGUCACGUCUCACAGUUGAUCGAGCGCCCCGAGCAGGACGGGAAGAAGAUCACAAUGGGAGAGCUCUCUCGGCCCAGCACUGCGAGUAUCACCUGGUCACUUUUGCACCGCUCUUUCAUCAAGAGCUACCGCGAUGUUGUGGCGUAUGGCAUCCGCAUCGUCAUGUAUCUGGGGCUGGCCAUCAUGAUGGGCACUGUCUGGCUACGCCUACAUGAGUCACAAGAGUACAUCCAGCCCUUCAUCAACGCAAUCUUCUUCGGAUCCGCCUUCAUGAGCUUCAUGGCCGUGGCCUACGUGCCCGCCUUCCUCGAAGACCGCGCGACCUUCAUCAAGGAGCGAGCAAACGGCCUCUACGGCGCCCUCCCAUUCAUAAUCUCCAACUUUAUCAUCGGCCUUCCCUUCCUCUUCCUAAUCUCAAUCCUUUUCUCCCUCGUCGCCUACUGGCUCUCCAACUUUCGCUCCGACGCAGUCGCCUUCUUCACAUGGGUCAUGUGGCUCUUCCUCGACCUCCUCGCCGCCGAAUCCCUCGUCGUCUUCGUCACCUCCAUCUUCCCCAACUUCGUCAUCUCGCUUGCCCUCGUCGCCUUCGCUAACGGCCUCUGGAUGAGCGUCGGCGGGUUUCUCGUCUCUCCGACUAUCCUUAACCCUUUCUGGAAAUAUGUUUUUCACUAUAUUGAUUAUCAGGCAUACGUCUUCCAGGGGAUGAUGGUCAACGAGUUCUCGCGCAGGACGUACACCUGCGGCGACGGGUGCCACUGUAUGUACCAGACCGAUCUUGCGGCGCAGUGCCGGAUUCGAGGAACGGGUGUGCUUGAGUCGUAUGGGUAUGCGACUGGGCGGACGGGGAAGUGGGUGGGGAUCUUGAUUGGUAUUAUUGCUGUGUAUAGGCUGUUCGGGUGGAUUGCCCUGGUUCUGAGACGGAGUUGA